AUGGCACUCCCGGGAAAGCCAAUUUUGGAGGCUCGGAAUAUUUUCGACGCCUGCCUCAAGGAAUUACGGUCUCGAUGCCGGCACCCCCAUACGCUCGCCGCCCCCGACGCGACUCAGCUGCGCGCACAGAACACGGGGCCAGCUUUAAAUGCACCGCCGCGCCGGCAGCAGCAGCAGCAGCAGCAGCAGCAGCAGCAGGAGCAGGAGCUGGCUGGCGAGCACUCAACUUCCGCGGGUCUGGCCAGGAAGAGGAAGCGCGGCUGCGCCUCUUCUGUGCCUCCUCUCGUCUGCUCAGAGAUCAAGAUACACUGCCCCGGCAGCAACUGCGGCGCGCUCUCCCCCUGGGCUUUCAGCCGGCUCUUCCCGCGAGCAUUUCCGCGGAGCGCAGCCGCCGUAAAGGCGCCGCCGGAUGGCCCGCCGCGCCCGGCGGCGGCGCGCUUUUAUUGGGCCAUUGAGCAGCGUGCCACGCCCGUCGGUGAGCGCGUGUCAGUGCGUGUGCCUGUGUGGAGGGGCAGCUGCGGGCCGCGUCCACCUGUCGUAAUGAGGAGUAAUUCCGUGCGCUGGUCGGCGCGGUGUGGCGUGUCCCCCGUCUGCGCCGGUCGCCGAUAUUUCCUCAUUACCGACUGUCACCCCGCGCCCCCGCCUCCACCCCCGCGAUAA